UGAUGUAUUAUAAAUUUAUAUAAACCAAUUCUAUGUACCUAAUGUUUCUGGUAAAGUAAUAGAGAAGAAAUAUUUAAAUGAUGGAGCCACCGACCCAAGUGACUGACUCAGAUGCGCACAAAUACAAUCGCAAUGACAAAGCAAAUGACCUGCUGACGAGUCAGUGGCAGCUCCGCACUCCCUGAAUAAAUCAAAGAAAAAGUUUGAAUGAAAAAAAGAAGCAAAUGGGCCCUACACGCAUCAUCUUCUUUACAAUUCACUUCACAGCCACUGUCUUUAUAAGGAAGCUGGAUGCCAUUGAGAACUUCCCCUUUUCUCUCUUCUUCCUCUGUUUUCUCUGUUUUUUGCUCUUCUUCUUCUUCCUCUGCUCUCUCUGCUUCAAUUUGCUUGUAUGGUCUGCUCAUUGCUUGCAUAUGCUCCAAUGGGUUUGUUUGAAGAAGACUCGUCCUCAUCAGGCUUGAUCGUGAGCCAUGUUUUAUACAAAGCAGCUUUUGUAAUUGCCUUAAUGAGAUGGGUUUUGUACUGGGCUCUCAGACUCAGACAAAGACUCUUAUCUUCUUCUUCCUCCUCCUCCUCCUUUGUUUCUGACCAUGGCUACAAUUUCCUGGAGGUAGAGCAUGGUGAAUUACAAAACUACCCUCCUGUGCCUUCCUCUUGCGCUUCUUCUUCAACCCAGUUGAUCAGAGACUGCCUUGUGCAGACCACCUUUGAAGAAAUUACCAACAGACAAGGAAGCUACAGAGCCAGCAGCAGUGGCUGUGACACGUGUGCUGUGUGCUUGAGCCAGCUGGAGAUGGAGGAUCAGGUGAGGGAGCUCAGGAACUGCAGCCACGUGUUCCACACAGAAUGCAUCGACAGAUGGCUAGAGUAUCAUGAUCAUCAUCAUGAUGAUAACCACAGGACUUGCCCACUCUGUAGGACCCCCUUGCUGACGUCAUCCCAAAUCCAGAGCUUGAGCUGGGAUCACAGAUCCUCCCAGCCCAGCUGGGCUGUGGAGAGACUGCUCUACCUCUUUGGGGAUGACCUGCUGUUGUGAUUUUUUAUUUAUUUUUGAAUGUGCUUCUUGUAGGCUUGUAUAGAGCAUUUUAAUUCAAGUGAAAAAUAUUAUCAGUGUACAAAUUGGGAUUCCUAUGAUUUAUGUGUAAAGGAGUUGUUUUUGGGCCGGGCCAUGGGAUGAUUUUGUAAUUUAUUGGAUCGGUUUAUAAGACAACGACCCAAUGAAGACUAAAUGACAUGCUUGCUUUGGUGGUCUAGGCUCUAAUCAAAGUGAAUUAUUUCCCAGCCACUUCUAUUUGUGUAUUAUUUUCUCUCUCUUUUUUUAUCCUCACUUUCCAUUGUUUUAUGUAUCAAAUUUGUAUCUUAUAACAGUUGGGACAGAAAUGAGGGAUUAUGGA